UAGUAAUCUCUGAAUGAGCCUCAGUGUUUGUCUUGGUUUGACAAGUUCCACUACGCUAUCAUGGUUAGAGUGAAUACUUAGUUAACGCGUCUGUCGAAAGUUGCAGCUUUUUGUGCGCGUGUUUCUGGUACCGCUAUUGGAACUAAGUGCUUUGACAAAUGUAAGAACGCUAAAGCUGUCCGGUUUUUUUUUGUCUCUCUCUCCAUCGAGUCAAAAGUCUACACUAGAAAGACAGGCACAAGAGUAACGAUGAACGGUCUGACAUUUGACGAUCCCGUGUUGGAUAACCUGGAUCCAACCAUAUCGCUCAAUGACCCCAGCGAUAUUGACACGGCCCUCCUGAGCGACAUUGAUGAUAUGCUACAGCUCAUCAACAACCAUGACAUGGAAUUUGGAGGACUAUUUGAUAACCCUCCAUACACAGGGCCCACACCUUCCAAUGAACUUCCUGGUUUGACCCAGCCCAUUGCUUCAGUUGCCCCUCCAGCCACUGCUACCACACCUCCAUCUUCAUCCAUCCUUAGCAGUAGCCCCCACUUGGAUGCACUACUGGGUCCUCCCAUCACCCGCAGCUCCUCCACCCCAGACAAGACCUUUCAGCCACCCACUUUCCAGCAGUCCCCCUUGGCCCAAGUAUCCAGCUCCACCCCACGGCAGCAGGUUCAGUCUGUCAAACAACUCCAGGUAGAACAGCCCCAACCCAUUCUCAGCCCAGCUGCUCCAGUCCAGGCUGCUUCACCUUGUGGCUCACCCGGUCCAAGUACAGUAUUCAGCUCCACACCCCAGGCUCUCUUCACCUCACCUGCACCCCAGACUCCACUUCAGCCUCAGCCUCAGCCACAGACACAACUUCAGGUUCCGUCCCAACAAGCUCAGGCCACCUUCAGUAGCCAGAGCACCUACACAGCUGGCAGCCAAGGCAGUCUGAGCCAACCUGUCACCAGUGUGUCAUCAUCUCCUCCAAGUGUGCAACCAGUGGCUAUCCAUACUCGUCUCCAAGCAGUGACCACCACCUCUUCUCUGCUGGCCACGUCAGCAAGUCCACCUACUCAAACCAUCACAUCGCACAUACAGCAAGUACCUGUAUUGCUGCAGCCCCAAUUCAUCAAGGCUGAGUCUCUGCUGCUGACCACUCUGAAGCAUGACCCCUGCAUGGUCACUACUAUGGCCUCUCCCACAUCCCUGGCCACCACCACUCCAGUACAGAGCACUUCACUCCAGGCUUUUAUGGGCAGUGGCACCAUCCUGACCACAGUUCCAGUCAUGGUGGACACCGAUAAGCUUCCAAUCAACCGCAUUGCCAUCAGCAGUAAGCUCUCUAGCCACCCUCCUAAGGGGGAGAAGCGCACUGCCCAUAAUGCCAUCGAGAAGCGCUAUCGCUCUUCAAUCAAUGACAAAAUUUUGGAGCUCAAAGACCUGGUGGCUGGCACUGAGGCCAAGCUCAACAAGUCUGCAGUGUUGAGAAAAGCCAUUGACUACAUCCGUUAUCUGCAACAGUCCAACCAGAAACUCAAACAGGAAAACAUGGCUCUUAAAAUGGUUGCCCAGAAGAACAAGUCUCUCAAAGACCUGGUUGCCAUGGAGGUAGACGGACAGACUGAUGUGAAGAGUGAGCUGCCGACCCCGCCAGCGUCUGACGUGGGUUCUCCGACGUCUUUCUCACACUGUAGCAGUGACUCGGAGCCUGACAGUCCAAUGGGGGAAGACACCAAGCCCACUGUGUGUGUGUUGGACGGAUCAGCAGGAAGCAGUAGUGCUGGUGGCAUGUUGGACCGUUCCCGCAUGGCACUGUGCGCCUUCACCUUCCUUUUCCUCUCUCUCAACCCUCUGGCUGCUUUGGUUUGUUCAUCCGGCAGCAGCUCAGCUGGAAGCGCUGCAGCCUCCACGGCUCACAACACAGGCAGCAGGAGCAUUCUGGGUGUAAAUAUUGAAGUGGACUCUUGGGGCUGGAUGGACUGGAUGCUACCAACUAUACUAGUGUGGCUACUGAACGGUAUUCUGGUGUCUGGAGUUCUGAUCCGUCUUUUGGUGUAUGGAGAACCUGUCACCAGACCACACUCUGGAUCCUCUGUGUUGUUCUGGAGGCACCGCAAGCAGGCUGACCUGGACUUAGCCAGAGGUGAUUUUGCUCAGGCGGGGCAGAACCUGUGGACAUGUCUAAAAGCUCUCGAUCGACCCUUACCCACCUCCCAAUUGGACCUGGCCUGUGCUGCAUUGUGGUCUCUGCUGAGAUUCUGCCUCCAGCGCCUCUGGGUGGGCCGCUGGCUGGCUGCCAAAGCAGGAGGCCUGCGCUCUGACCGCCCCCUGCAGGAGGACGCCUGCAAAAGCAGCCGAGACGCCGCCCUGGUUUACCAUCGCCUGCACCAGCUUCAUAUGACAGGUAAACUGAAUGGUAGCCACCUGUCAGCGAUACACAUGGCUUUAAGUGCAGUGAACCUGGCUGAGUGCUCUGGGUCCUGUCUGCCUGUGGCCACUCUGGCUGAGGUCUACGUCUCUGCAGCUCUACGGGUCAAAGCAAGUUUACCUCGGAUCCUGCAUUUCACCUCUCGUGUGUUCCUGAGCAGUGCCCGUCAGGCUUGCCUGUCGUCCAGUGGCAGUGUACCUCCAGCCAUGCAGUGGCUUUGUCAUCCAUUAGGUCACCGCUUCUUUGUGGAUGGGGACUGGGCUAUUCGCAGCAUUCCUAAGGAAAGCAUCUAUAGCCAGGCUGGAAAUACGGUGGAUCCUCUGGCCCAAGUGACUCAGGCAUUUAGAGAGCACCUCUUGGAGAAGGCACUCUACUGUGUGGCUCAGCCACAUGGAGAGAAAAGUCCCAGCGAGGGCGAGGGGGAGUAUUCUGACGCCCUGGAGUACCUCCAACUGUUGAUUAGUGCUUCAGAUGCAGCUGGUGCCACAACCCAGUCCUUUGCGAUUGGCUCCAACAUGGCAACUGUGACUGGCUGCGACCCCCACUCCAAGUGGUGGUCUUCAGUUGCUGUGGUUAUAAUCAACUGGCUCCAAGGAGACGAUACUGCGGCUGAGAGACUAUAUCCAACUGUGGAGCACCUGCCCCGCAGUCUGCAGAACGCAGAGAGCCUUCUGCCCAAGGCCUGUCUGAACACAUUCAGAGCCGUGCGGGCUCUGCUGUCUAAGCCAGAAAACUGCCAGCUGAGUCUGAGCUACAGCGACAAGGCCAGCACCCUGCUCCGAGACAGCCUCAACCUAGGACCACACAGCUACAGCUCCGGUUUAGACAAGGUCAUCCAGUUGCUCUUGUGUGAUCUGCUCUUGGUGAUGAGGACCAAUGUGUGGCGUCUGCAGCAACAAGGGGCCAGUCCUGCGGGGACGGGGCCUGCGGGUGUCAACGGCUCUGCAGGAGUCCAUCAGGCUUCACCACCUGAGCUCCAAGGCUUUCAGCAAGAUCUCAGCUCCUUACGAAAACUGGCACACACCUUCAGACCUGCAAUGCGAAGAUUGUUUCUCCAUGAAGCUACAGCCAGGCUCAUGGCGGGGGCAAGUCCCACCCGCACACAUCAGCUCCUGGAUCGCUCACUGCGACGCAGAGCAACGCCUGGAGCCAAGACAGAGGAGUGCGAGACGCGGCCUGGCCAGCGGGAACAGGCAGAGGCAGUGAUGUUGGCAUGCAGCUACCUCCCUCCUUCAUUUCUGUCGGCUCCAGGCCAGAGGGUAGGUAUGCUGGCCGACGCAGCCCGCACCCUGGAGAAGCUGGGAGACAAGAGGACGCUCCACGACUGCCAGCAAAUGAUCAUCAAGCUGGGCAGUGGCACCACGGUCACCAACAGCUAGAGAGAUGGGAGAGGUGGGGAGGGGCUAAGAGACGUGCAUGGACACUGUAUAUAAAGAAACAAACAUGCUCCCAAACAUACACAACUGUACAGUCUCUGUGCUGUGUCACUAUUAAAGAGAUUUAUUAGACUCUUAACAUUCAAAUCAACCUAAAAAAUAUUUUCUUCAUGGAUUGUCCCUCCUACCACCUUAACCCCACAUGAGCUGGCACUUUCAGUGUUCACACUUUACAGAGCCAAAUCCCCCCCAUCAGAUUGAAUUGCAGUGCCACAGGUUUCCACAAAGAGGCGCCAUCACGUCCUCCUGGUUGAUUGCUUUUGUGUGUGUGUGAGAGGGAGAGAGAGAGUGAGAGAGAGAGAGAGAGAGAGCCUGAAAAUGUUUUGCUCUGAAUUUGUUCAGUAUCCUCCCGCCCCACAUCUUUUGGAUAUAGAUGCAUUCUCUAUAUGCAGGAGUGCUCAAUGGCUGCAGAGUGAGGUGUCCCUUCUGUGUGGGAGGAAAAGGACGAGAGUCGUAUUGGUCCAGCUGUGGGCUUGUUCAGUGGGAAGCAGCUAAGCAGGUUGUCCAAAUAUUGUUGAAGUUAUGUUUCAUCUGUCAUAAUCUGAGGCGAGGUGACCCACUGCACGCACUCUGUUCUCUGUACCUGCACUAGCCCUUAAGAGGCUGAUUUCAAUGAUAAGUAAAAAAAAAAUAUGGCUUUAUGAGUUUAUUUUCAUAGAGGUCCAUUUCUUUGUUCGCUGUGUACAUAUUUUUUUAAAGUGUAUUUAUAAUCUGUGAGAAGUUUGAUUAAGCAGUAUUUUUGAAUAAGUGGAGUGAAAAUUCUUAUGUUCUUCCCUCUUAAUUUAGUUUUUCUUUGGUAGCUUUUGAUCAGGUCCAAGUAGUUACUGUACCAUGUUGCCAUGGUGACGGGUGUCAAAAUGUAGACAUUGAGUCAUCGUGGUGAUAUUUGCGUCACAUGGUCUGAUUUGGUUGACCUUUUGCACUGUUGCGCACGUGUGCAACCAUGAUUUGAAGACAUUUGGAAGCGUCUGCUUCUGGCCAGACAACAAAAUAAACCAUAACGUGAACCUUCUGCUGCACUUUUGCAGCCUAUUACACAAGACAUGCAGAAAAGUUUGAAAAUAAUUUAACGAUGUUUUCCAAAGAGGGCCUGCACUGAGUCUUUACCUGGUUUACAUCUAUAAAUGAAAGACCAACACUUGUUCUUUGAGUCAUUAUAAUUUCAUGCUCAUAGAUGAGCAGUUUACUUUUUAAAGAAUUGUAAAAAUAUAGCUCAGACAAAAAACUUGGGCCUGUUUUUUUCUUUCUUUCUUUUUUGUCCCUGAUCUGUAUUUUUUAUAGUGUGUCACUAUUGUAAAUAACUGAAUGAUGUCAGUCUGAGUAGAAUGAAAUGAGCGUUUCUUCAAAUGUCCUUAAACGGGACAUCCUUUCAUCUCUCCCUGUCUUUGGUAUCGUCUUUUUUUUCUCAUGUAAAUAUUAAAAUAUUUUGUAAAGAAGA